CACGAAAAUGCUACACCGCGCCACGUCCAUCGUCGCUCGCCGCGUCCUGCUGGCUCCCAUGCCUUCUGCGCGUUGCAUGAGCGCCUACGCACCCAACAUCGAAGACAUCAAGAAGCUGCGAUCGGCGUCCCAAGCACCGAUGGGCGACGUGAAGAAAGCGCUCGUGGCGUCGGAGGGCGACUUUGACGCGGCCUACGAAUGGUUGCGCAAAAAAGGCAUCGCGACGGCCACGAAGAAGGCUGGCCGCGUGGCCGCCGAAGGUCUCGUGGGUCUGUUCGUGGAUUCGGACAAGAAGCGCGGCGCGAUCGUCGAAAUGAACAGCGAGACGGACUUUGUCGCGCGCAACGAGCAGUUCCAAGCGCUGCUCGCCGACAUCACGCGCACCGUCCAUGCUGACUCUGCGUUCAUUGGCAACUACGACACCGCGGCGCUCAAUGUCCUCUCGUUGAACGACCGCAACGUCGGCGACUUCAUCCCCGAACUCAUUGGCCGUGUGGGCGAAAACCUCGUGCUGCAACGCGCGACCACGGUCGCCGUCACCCGCGGCGUCGUGGCGCAAUACGUCCAUCGCGUCGCCUCUGCGAGCCUGAACCUUGGCCAAGCAGGUGCGUUGGUGGGUCUGGAAGUGUCCAAGGAACUAUCCGAGGCUGAGCGCGUCGAGUUGGAAGCCGUGGGCAAGAAGCUCGCCAUGCACAUCGUGGCGGCCAAGCCUCGCUUCCUCAACCGCGAGUCCGUCCCGGCCGACCGCGUCGCGGCGGAGCGCGCAUUUGUGCUGGAACAGGUGGCCGAGCAAGCCAAGUCCAAGCCCGCGAACGUCGUCGAGAAGAUGGUGGACGGUCGCAUGAACAAGUUCUUUGGCGAAGUGACGUUGAUCGACCAGCAGCAUUUGGUCGAAGAAGGGUCGCCCAAGGUGUCUGUUGUGCUGGACAAAGCCGCGGCCAAGCUCGGCACGACCAUUUCGCUCACGGCGUUCCAGCGCUACGAAAUCGGUGAAGAGCAACUAUAGACACACAAUAUAUCCUUGACAACAAAACCAAACGAUAGAUAUGCUACAUGUACAGUAUAUUGUCUUUCUUUUACCCCAAAUUUGGACUUUUGGGCUGACUCGCCAAAUCUAUUUACAGUUAAUGUAUGUAUGUACAGUAUCGAUCGAUUAU